AAACUCAGAACGUAACGCGACAACGAAUUGCAACGCAUGGAACUAAAAAAGUAAUAAAAACUUUUUAUUGAAAACGCAGACACAGCAGAGACAACAACUUUAUAACGGCUUAUCAUUUCAUUUUUGUUCAUUGAACGACUGUCAAGCCAAGUGCUCAUUACCACAUCGACUGACUCUAAUGGAACUAGGGAAGAGUGCACCAUAACCCGCCGCAUAAAAAGUGUAUUAAAAAAAAUACAACCACAAAGAAAAAAACGUCCAGCUAUAACAAUAAAAGACGUUAAAACGCCAAGCAGUACAAAACUUAUUUCGUCCUUGGCAUUAGCCAAGCUAUCAACCUAAAGAGCAGAAGCAGAAGCAGCAGCAGCAGCAGCAGUGAGCAGCAGGAAACGAAAUAUAUUUUUUAUUGAGCAAACUAACAACGCAGAAACUUCGCACCUCCCACCCACGAAGCAGCAGCAGGAGCAGCAGCAAGAGCAAGAGCAAGCAAACAGUUGGAGCUGGUCAUACCAAAGUGCAGCCCAAGGCGCAAACGUGGCCCAACGACAACAGCAACAUAGCGGCAGCAACGGCAGCGGCGCUGGCGCUGGCGUUGGCGUUGGCAGCGUGCCCGUCAUCAUGGAGGGGCCGGAGGUGACAUUUCUCUUUCAAUUUGGUAGCGUACGCGAUGCAGUUUGUGUGCCGGUAAAUGCACUCACGCUAAAAUCGCUCAAGGAUUUGGCAUGCGAUUUCAUAAACACCAAGAUACCAGAUAGUGGACUUACGUAUCUAUCAGAGCGUAUACUGCUCUUCUUACACGACUACAGUUCGCCCAAUGUGCUACACAUAAUCAAUUCCGCAGCGGAUGUUGUGGACGAGUCCUUGGUGGAAAUUGUAUUAACAGCCAGUCCUAUACUAUAUCCGACAUCGGAAAUGCCAACGCUAAAGCCGCACAGCCUCAAUGUGCAUUCAUACAAGGCGCCCACAUUCUGUGAUUUCUGCGGUGAAAUGCUGUUUGGUCUGGUGCGUCAAGGACUCAAAUGCGAUGGCUGCGGUCAAAACUAUCACAAGCGUUGCGUUGUGAAAAUUCCCAACAAUUGCAAUGGCAAUCGUUCGAGUGAUGCCAGCUCAAGGCGCUCCUUUACGCUCCAACCGCCACGCAGUCCGACUGGCAGCUCACAACAAUCGCUUGUGUCCAACGAGGAGUCGAUGGGACGCAAUGAUUCCAGCAGUUCACUGAACAUACCUGGCUACGUCGCUCGUCAUCAGCGCACACACUCCGCCGGCAGCGGCAGCGGACGCAAUGGGAUCAGCGUGCUACGCAUACCUCACACCUUUAUGGUCCACACCUAUGGCAUACCCACGGUCUGCCAGCACUGCAAGAAGCUGCUGAAGGGUCUGUUCAAGCAGGGACUGCAGUGUCGCGACUGUCAGUACAAUUCGCAUAAGAAGUGCAUGGACAAAGUGCCGCAGGAUUGCACGGGCGAGGCGCAGCUGAGUCAGCUGCAGGCGGAGAUCAAUGAGAGCUCGUCACGCAAGGAGCGCGACAAUUUCUUUCGCGAAGAGUUCGAUGACAGCGACUUUGAGGAUGCGCCCAGCACACAAACGGAAUAUGCCAAAUAUGCCAAGGCGAAUAGCGGCGGCACCAAUCUGGUGGCUGGACGACCACGCGAGCCGCCCAAGGCGCUAACCAAUGCACAAAACUCACCGCCCGAGCUGGUGAAUGGCUGCGGACUGGCUGAUAACAGCGCUGGCGCUGAUAGCAAAUCCACUGAUGCCCAAUCGGAGCAGUCGCAGUCAUCCAACUCCAGCUCACCAAGUGCCAACAUUCCACUGAUGCGCAUAGUGCAGUCAGUGAAGCAUACAAAGAAGCGUGGCGGACAGGCCUUGAAGGAGGGCUGGCUGGUGCACUUCACGUCGACGGACAAGGCGUUAAAGCGCUACUACUGGCGCCUCGACUCCAAGACCAUAACGCUGUUCAUCUCCGAGCAGGGCAGCAAGUACCACAAGGAGCUGCCGCUGGCCGAUCUGCUGAGCAUAGAAACCAAUUGCGAACCACGCAGGGAUAACAACUACUGCUUUGAGCUCUGCACCGCCAGCUUGACAUACUAUGUGGGCCAGGAUCCGCAGCUGGGCGAGGAGCAGGCGGUGCGUCUGCCGCCGCCAGACAGCGGCAUUGGCAGCGACAUUGCCAAAAGCUGGGAGACGAGCAUACGCCAGGCAAAUAUGCAUGUCACCAAUACACAAUGCUGCGAGUCUGAGGAGCAAGUGCAGGACAUGGGUCAGCUUUAUCAAAUCUUUCCCGACGAGGUGCUGGGCUCGGGUCAAUUUGGCGUUGUCUAUGGCGGCGUGCAUAAGAAAACCAAACGCGAGGUGGCCAUCAAAGUCAUUGACAAGCUGCGUUUUCCCACAAAGCAGGAGGCGCAGCUGAAGAACGAGGUGGCCAUACUACAGAAUAUAACACACUGCGGCGUGGUUAAUCUGGAGCGCAUGUUCGAGACGCCCGAACGCAUCUUUGUGGUCAUGGAGAAGCUCAAGGGCGACAUGCUCGAGAUGAUACUCUCGCAUGCGCGUGGGCGUCUCAGCGAGCGUGUGACCAAGUUUCUGAUUACUCAGAUACUUAUAGCGCUCAAGUACCUGCAUUCGCAGAAUAUAGUACACUGCGAUUUGAAGCCGGAGAAUGUGCUGCUCUCCUCGGACGCAGAGUUUCCACAGGUGAAGCUCUGUGACUUUGGCUAUGCGCGCAUCAUUGGCGAGAAGAGCUUUAGACGCUCUGUGGUGGGCACGCCGGCGUAUCUGGCGCCCGAGGUGCUGCGCAACAAAGGCUACAAUCGCAGCCUGGACAUGUGGAGCGUGGGUGUCAUUAUCUACGUAAGCCUGAGCGGCACGUUUCCCUUCAACGAGGAGGAGGACAUUAACGAUCAGAUACAGAAUGCAGCGUUUAUGUAUCCACCCAAUCCCUGGAAGGAAAUCAGCUCAAAUGCCAUUGACCUCAUCAAUAAUCUGCUGCAGGUGAAGCAACGCAAGCGUUACACUUGCGACAAGAGUCUGAUGCACUAUUGGCUGCAGGAUAAGCAAACGUAUCGCGAUUUGCGCGCACUGGAAACGCAGGUGGGUCUGGGACGUUAUCUGACACACGAAUCGGAUGACAUACGCUGGGAUAGUGCGGCUGAUAUUUGACCUGGCAAGGAAGCAGCGCCCGUUAUGUUGCAGCCACAGCCGCUCUCUGGCAGCCACAGUGCGCCCAGUGAGAGUUUAAUAUCGCCCACGCACUGCGCCGGCUGUCGGCUGUCCAGUUCACCCAAAGUGGAGGCCAUUGGCGACAAGGCACUAAAAUGGAUGCGCUUUCAUCUUUGUCGCCACGUUAAAUAGCGCUUUAGCCUACGAUUUUAUAUACCUACGAUAUAUAUAUAUGAAUAUAUAUUUUUGAAGCUCGUUUUAGACUUUGUUUAGCACAUUUGUUAAAUGAAUUUACAUACGUUUUUUGCAUAACACUUGCUAUCAAGAAUUUCAAAGGCUUAACUUACUCGCACUGACUCGUCGUGUCUUUAAUAAUAAAAUUUCUCUCGCGUUUUUCGUAAUUUUCAUUACAAACAAAACUAAAUACUACUAUUAAUAUACUUAUUACGGUAUAAAUAUGUGUAAAACAAUUAGAAAAGAAAAGACCAACAAACCGAUCAAAACAACAAAAAAUCAAAAACCAAACCUCAACGUUUGCUAAAACGCUCAGCUACUUAUGAUAGAACAAACUAACAAUAGUUAAUGCAAUUACCAACGGCAUAGCUUAAAAAUAAUAAUUA